AUUGCUCAUUACUCAUGCUGUAGUUUGCAAAACCUCUGUCAGAAGUGAGACCUCAAGUUUCCAGUGACUAUGAUGGUGUACCCGAUUUUACGGCGUGUUAUUGUAUCUAUGUCUGCGUUUAGACCUGUUCACUGUGUGGGGCUCAGAGCUGGACUGAGGACAUCAUGCAUUCAUCACACCAGAAAGGAGAAAUCUGAUCUAGACUCAGUUGUGACAUAUGAACAGCUUAAGAUGAUGCUGGCCAAUCACAGUGUCCAGUUAUUUGACAUCCGAAAUCGGGAUGAGUUCCUGGCAGGCCAUAUUCCUGAUUCUGUCAAUAUUCCACUGGGACAGCUUGAGGAAUCAUUGAUGCUUUCUCCAGAGCAAUUUGAAAAGCUUUUCAAGGUGAAGGCCCCCAAAAAGGAGGAUGACAAUAUCGUCUUUCAUUGCCAAAGAGGCCGUAGGAGUUUAACAGCUCUUGAAACUGCCUGGCGUCUGGGAUUCAGCAGGGCACGUCACUAUGCAGGAGGAUACAGUGAAUGGGUUGAAAAAGAGAAACAGUAGCUAAUCGGUGUGUAAAGCACGUUCAAGUUUGCCAUGCCACCAUCACUUUAACCUUUUCGAUUUUGCUUGAAAAAGACUUUUAAGUAAAUAGCUGCCAUUUAAUCUACUUUUGAUUGCAGUCUUUACCAUUCUGUUCACUCCAUGUAGGAUUUAGCUUUAAUCUGCCAAGAGUUUGUGAUGGUAUGAAUGUAGCCUUUGAAUGCAUACUGAAUAAAAAAAAACAACAAUAUAAGGUUUCAUUUUUGG